UGAGGACUUCUGCAUUCUCCUUUAUAGGAGUUCGUAAACAUUUUUUGAAGGAAGUGUUCUAUAACAUAUAACUGUACCAAGACUCUAUAGAGAUGACUGAAAUUAAAUCUAAAUCACCAAAAUACAUUCUGCCAUUGAAGUUAUCCACUGUUAUAUAGAUACUGGGUUAGCGGAUUCCAGUUCAAUUACAAAGACUCAACUAAAUUAAUGAAUUGUAGAUCAUCUGAUAUUGCUACUUUUAUGGACAAAGUGAGCAAUUAAAUAACAUUUCUAAAUAUCACUUUGUUUUAUUAGGCAAUAGAGAUUAUAGGAAGAGGCAGCUCUUCAAGUGUUUCUGUUUUGAUCGAUACUUUUUCGUCAGAAAAAUUUGCUGUCAAAAGCAUCAAUAAGGAUUACCUUUUAAAGAACGACAAAUUGAAGAUAUUAUUUCAAAAUGAGGUGUAGAUUUUAUAAGAAUUGACCAAUUACAAUCAACAAAAUUAUUUUGUGCAUUUAUACAGAGUAUUUGAAAGCUAAUCAUCCUACUACUUGAUAUUGAAUCUCAUGAAAGGCAAGUCAUUAAUGGCCUUCUACAAUAAAAUCAAAGUUAGUAAUAAAGACAAAUUAUUUGAAAUUAGAAAUAAUCAGACUUUAAAUACUUUCCUCCAGAAGUUAUUAGAUAAAUCAUGA